CCGCCAGGUUCCGGGUCUCCGAGCCUCUGCCUGACCGGAGCGUCUGGGCAGCGCCAGAGGCUCCCGGAGUUUGCAGACCUCUAGCCAAACAGGAGUUCUUCCCUGGAUAGCGUGGCUCUGGAUUCCCGUGGAGUCGGCUGGCAAGCUGGCUCCGGAGGGAGUUGAACUUGAGUUCAGAUGGCCAACUCCCUCUGAAUCCUGCAGAUUGGUGCUGAGCACGCAACAAAAGUUUGUAGCUUCCCCUCAGUUUCUGGUGCUUCGCAGGGGAGAGGAAAGGACUUUGGCAUUAAACCCAAGAAGCAGUCAGGGAGCCAUCUCCUUUAACUUUUCUCCUCUGUUACCAUUUGCCAUGAAGAGGAAACAGAAGAGAUUUCUGCAGAUGACUUUAUUAUUCAUGGUGGCUUUAAUUUUCCUGCCCAAUAUUGGUCUCUGGUCUCUAUACAAGGAUAAACACCUAGUAAAGUCUGCAGAGCCUGGGGAACAGCAGACAUUCCCACUGGGCCUGGGAGAUGGGCAAUUCUAUUCAUGGACAGAUGGUUUGAGAAGAAAGGACUGGCAUGACUAUGAGAGCAUUCAGAGAGAGGCAAUGCGCUCAGGGAAAGGUGAACAUGGGAAACCUUAUCCCCUUACUGAAGAGGACAGUGAUGACUCGGCUUACAGGGAAAAUGGUUUCAACAUUUUCGUCAGCAAUAAUAUUGCCCUAGAGAGGUCCCUGCCAGACAUCCGCCACACUAACUGUAAGCACAAGAUGUACCUGGAAACGCUGCCAAACACCAGCAUCAUUAUCCCAUUUCAUAAUGAAGGUUGGACUUCACUCCUGAGAACCAUACACAGCAUAAUUAACCGAACCCCAGAGAGUCUGAUAGCAGAAAUCAUUCUAGUAGAUGACUUCAGUGAUAGAGAACACUUGAAAGAGAAACUAGAAGAAUACGUGGCUCGCUUUUCCAAAGUGAGAAUUCUUCGUACCAGGAAGAGGGAAGGACUCAUCCGGACCCGACUCCUGGGGGCGUCUAUGGCCAGAGGAGAGGUGCUGACAUUCCUGGACUCCCACUGUGAGGUCAAUGUGAAUUGGCUGCCCCCACUCCUUAACCAAAUUGCACUAAACCACAAAACCAUCGUGUGUCCCAUGAUCGAUGUCAUUGACCACAAUCACUUUGGGUAUGAGGCACAAGCUGGGGAUGCCAUGCGAGGAGCCUUCGACUGGGAAAUGUACUACAAAAGAAUACCCAUCCCUCCAGAACUCCAGAGGGCAGAUCCCAGCGACCCUUUUGAGUCUCCUGUUAUGGCUGGAGGUCUCUUUGCUGUCGACCGAAAAUGGUUUUGGGAAUUAGGUGGAUACGAUCCAGGUUUAGAAAUCUGGGGAGGAGAACAGUAUGAAAUCUCUUUUAAGGUUUGGAUGUGUGGAGGAGAAAUGUUUGAUGUUCCAUGCUCUAGAGUUGGUCACAUUUAUAGGAAGUACGUCCCUUAUAAAGUUCCUUCUGGGACCAGCCUGGCAAGAAACCUGAAGCGGGUGGCUGAGACGUGGAUGGAUGAAUUCGCAGAGUACAUUUACCAGCGGCGGCCCGAGUACCGGCACCUCUCCACCGGGGACAUCUCAGCCCAGAAGGAGCUUCGCAAGCAGCUCAAGUGCAAGGACUUCAAAUGGUUCAUGGCUGCGGUGGCCUGGGAUGUGCCUAAGUACUACCCUCCGGUGGAGCCCCCACCUGCUGCCUGGGGGGAGGGAAGGAGCUUCUGUACCUCCCACUCAUUCACCAGCCAAAGUGCACCUCUGUGGAAGGCUUCUCCAGGAGAACAGUGCUCAAGUGCAGGAAUUGACCCUGAUGGACUACCAUGUGGUCCAAAUACUUUGCUCUGACAUUCAAAGAGGAAGGAGGAAUAACCCCAGAGGUAAAAAGCUGUUGGUUCAACAAUUUCCAAACCCCGUACCAGCUUCUAUAUAAAAGGCAGAAGACAUGAAAGCUACAUUGGACAGUAAUGUAUUCUGCAGAAGUCAGUCCACCUUCUGGUGUGCAGGAGUACUGGUGGAUGUGAGGAGACCCUGGGGGUCCACAGGCUAGAGAGGAUUCUGAGCUUCAUAAGAAGUCAGGCAUCCCUUAGCAUUAUACACAGCAAUGUGCCUUUCCAGGAUACCGUGCUGGAUAGAGCGAGAGCUGGUUUAAAGUAGAAGCCAUUCUUAAACCACUCACAUACGGAAUGUCUCUUUGGUGUCAAGAUGCCAAAUGAAAGAAACUGAGUUUCCUAUUAUUUUUCUCCUUCUUAUCCUUUUGCCUCUUUAGAAUUCAUGAAUUUGCUAAAGUCAUUUUUAGUUGCCUUUUAUGGUACAGAAAGAAGGGUUCUGCAGAAUUCUAAAUAUCAUGUGUAUGCGGGAAUAAAAGAUAUAAAAUAGACAAAGGUGUCUUCCCCAAGCAGCACCGUGAGUUCUUUUACAAAGUGUCUGCUUACUGGCCUCAAUGUGCCAGUUCCGGCACAUCCACUUGUCAGCUCGCAAUUGUGCAACACUUUUAAAAAAUCUUUAGUUUCAAAUUUCAUCUCAGUACCUAACUGCUUCGUCUGCUUGUUUAAAUUCUUUCCCCAAGAUGAGUGUCAUCCUGGAUUGUGAAAUGUUCACAAAGACAAUUGCCCUGAAUAAUUCCUGUCCUCCUCUGUUUCAGGCUGCCGCUCUUGACUUCUUUAAACCCGUUCGCUGCCUCUUUCUUCUACUGUUCUCACAGUGCACAAGCUUUUCAACUUUCUCAGAUCAGCUUACAUGAAAGUUCAGCACUAGGAACAUUAUCUAUUAGACCAUCUUGCAACGUGAAGUUGCCUCUUUCAAACAUCCUGUGAUGUGCGAUGCAGAGGUAAAAGCCUGCUCUUUCUGCACCAUGAAUGAGGCUUCUUGCCUUCUCUCGGGACAGCCAAGGCCAGUUUCCAGGAGUUUCCUUCUAACUGGAAAAAGCUACAAUCGAUAGCAUCUUGCUAUUCCCUUGGCAACUAUGCAAAGAGCCAUCUCUGCCAUUCAAGUGCUGUAUAUCAGCAGACCAGACCUUUGAAUUAAGCAGUCAUUCAGACACGAUGCAUCAUUCUCGCUGUGUUAGACUUGACUUGAUCUGUCAUUUAUUUUCACAGAUAGAGGCAAUGCUGGUACACUAUGCUAAUUCCUCUCUCUGAAACUCAGAAUGGGAGUUAAGAAAAUUGUGACAACACACAAAGAACUGCAUUAUCCUUUCAAGGUUUGCCAUAUGUUUUCUGAAUUCUCAAUAGUUGAGGCAGGAUUACAAAGAUAAAUUUAAAAUGCAUUGCAAUAAACGUGAUUUUAGUUCCAUAUCCCACAUGAGCAAACUGAAUAUCUUAGUGCCCCAACCAUGGAAAUUUGAUUCAAGUCAGAGUGGAAUCAGAGGUAUUUCAGAGCUAGCAAACUUGUUUUUUUCUUUUUCCCCAUGGCCUACGUGAAUAUGACAAUCAGAAAAUCUUGUCUUUUUAUUUAUUUUGUUUUUUAAAAUAUGUAUUUGUAGGUGAUAUAUGUCUGCACACAUAAAUAUCUACCUUUUCUGGUUCAUGUGAUGCAUAAAUGACAUUUUAAGUAUACUCAUGAAUCUAUCUUUUUUGGUUUGUUUAAAUUACUAUUUUAGUUUUAUGGAGUACCGUGAGAGAAAUAAUAGUCAAAAUAAAAGCUACAUUUUCUAUAAUAUUCUUCCUUAAAACAUCUUAGGAUUCCUGAUUCUAAAAAAAGAACAGCAAUGUAAUUUUGUUUAGUCACAAAGGACUUUUUUUCCUUCUUUGUCCGUAUUACAAGUUGAAUCUAGGGCUUGAGGAAUGCCAGGCAAGUGAUCUACCAUGAGCUACAUGCUCAGCCCUGUUUUGUUUAGUCAUAAAGAUCAGACUGAGCAUUUAGAAUAAUGAGAAGAGGACCAUAGAUGUCAUCUCAUGUAAAAAGAAUGGCGGGGAAACCCUCAGUUACUUUUAGCGUAUGUGUCAGUGUGACCUGGACAUCGCACAGCGACAUACGCUUUGGGCGUUAGAAAGUGGCCAGAGAGUGAGAGAAAAAGUGAUGAGGGUGGACAGUUCCAGCAGAAAUAGUAAGUAUUCAGAGCCAGGGAGAGAAUGCCUUUUACAGACCAAAAGCAAAAGCAAUCAAAUCUGAAAAUUAACAGUGAAAGUCAAAGGCUUUCCCAACAGGUCCAAGCUGAGGCUGAGAGCAAAGAGAACCCAGGAGAGCAGUCCGGAGGUUGAGAGCAGAACCCACAUUGUGCGGCUUAGCCUGCAAGUAGCUCAAAAAUACCAUCAUCCCCUCUGUUCACAGCACAGACUCAGCAUAGUCUCGCCUGUGAUUUGUAUCUAAAACAAAACACUGGAGAUGCCGGGACACAAGAGUGCCUCAGAGGAUUCUGGAAUAGACCUCAGAAAGCACAGAAUGACAAACGCAUUUUAAAGUAACAGCACUGCUUUGUUUGUUUGUUUUGUUUUGUUUUGUUUUGGUUUUGUUUUGUUUUUAAAUUUUAUUUAAAAGGAAAAAGAGAAAAAACAAAACAAAACAAAGCAGUGUAAGGGUACAAGUAAUACAGAACUACAAAAAAAAAAAAAAAAAAAAACAGUAAGAAAUCACCAGUUAAUAGAUUACACAUUAUCAUCUUAGAGAUAGUUGCUCAAGUCCCAGUAUCAAAGCAUACAAAAUGGACAUUCAAACAGUGAGACUGUAAACAGUUGUGUUCAAUGAUCCAACUGAAAACAUUAAUAUGCUCAGCUAUUUAACACCCCUAAACACACUUGCUGUUGUAUCUUUUAGAGCAUUUUUUUUUCCUUCUCUUUUU